AUGAAAGAUGGCAGCCAAGAGAAAGGCAAGGAAUUUGCAACAAUCACUAAUGAUCACUCUAAAGGACCUUCUAGUGGCUUUGAUAUUUUUGACUUGGAAGGUGAAAUAUCUAAUUCAGAAACUUUACCAAUUAAAUAUUUGCUGAACCUGGAAAAGAAUGCAAGAGAUCAGAAAGGAUCACACAUUUUGGAGAUGGAUGAGACAUCCAAUGGCAGUAAUCAACCUUAUGAUCUAAUUGAAAACCAAGAUGUCAAUGAAGAUUAUGCUGACGGGAACACAGAGUCAGUUGUCUUUAUUCAAGGUAGUGAACAGUCUACAAGUAAUGAGGAGGAAAGUGAAGAUAGUCUUCUGUCCGAUGACAAAUCAGAAAAUUAUGAACCUGUUUUAAUGAAAUCCGGCGUUAAGAAUGAAGAGCUCUAUGCCAAUGAUAAAGGGGAGUAUACUGAUAUUCCAGGCAAGCCAUACAAUAAGAAACAUUUAAAGUAUAUUUUAAACAUGACUCAGUCUGAGGUGGAAGAUGAGCAAAAACACAAAAAUGAAACAGAGACAAAGCUGAACAAAGAACCAAACGGACAAAUUAUUGCACGUCCUUUUGGUGUCAGAUUAUCAGAAAAUAACAGUUAUGAUGAUAAAGAUAAUAAAGAGUUAACUGAUAAAGUACUAAAAAACUAUUUCAGCCUUGAGGAAAAUGACACAGUACUGGAAAGUUUCCAGCUGGGCGACAGUGUUCUUCGAAUUGGCAGUGAGAAAAACGUAAGUGAAGAAAACGAUACCAUACAAAGUGCUGCAGAGGAUGUUCUUCAGAUUAAUGGAACAAACGACAAUUAUGGGAAUCAAAACAGUACUGCUGGAAAAGUGGUUAGAGUUAAAGUUAUAAGUCAAGAACCAACUAUUCAAGAGAAUUACACAAGUCUUCAAGACAUUAAUGGAAGACAACCAAAGCAUACUAGCCAUGCCUUUAAUAACAAUCAGGACCAGGCUGAGAAAAUUGUUGUGGAGAAACUCUUUGUUGAUCCUUGCAUGAACUUGCAUUGUAAAAGGGGAAAGAUAUGUGAAAUGGACUUACAAGGCAACCCUAGCUGUGUUUGUCAGGAGCCAAAGUUCUGCCCUCCCGGAAAUGUUAAUGAUCAUGUCUGUGGUACUGAUAACAAAACCUAUGACAGCCCCUGCCACCUUUUUGGUACUAAGUGCAAACUUGAAGGAACCAAGGAAGGCAGUCACCUACAUCUUGAUUAUCAAGGGCACUGUAAAUCUAUACCGCCUUGCUCAGAGUACGAAUUAGCUCUUUUCCCCUAUAGAAUGAGAGACUGGCUAAAAAAUGUGCUUGUACAACUUUAUGAAAGGGAUUUGGAGAACUCUGGGUUUCUGUCAGACAAGCAAAGAGACAAGGUAAAAAAAAUAUAUGAAAAUGAGAAACGUCUUCUGGAAGGUGAUCAUAACAUUGACCUCCUGUUAAGAGAUUUCAAGAAAAACUAUUACAUGUAUGUGUAUCCAGUUCACUGGCAGUUUAACCAACUUGAUCGGAAUUUGAUGGACAGGUUGCUCACACGCUCAGAGUUAGCGCCGCUUCGUGUUCCCUUGGUUCCAAUGGAGCAUUGUGUGACUGCAUUCUUCCAGAAAUGUAACACUAACAAAGACAAACACAUUUCUCUCACAGAGUGGUGCCAGUGCUUUGGGAUUAGAGAAGAUGAUAUAAACGAAGAUUUGUUAUUCUGA